AUGGGGAUUGCCAGAGAAGCCCGGAUGGCGGAGGUCGCCCGCUUGCUGGGGGAGCCGGUGGACGAAGAGGGUCCCGAGGGCAGGCCCAGGUCCAGGCACGGGAACGGAGGCCUGGCUGCGUUGCCCUAUCUCCGUCUCCGCCACCCACUUAGCGUUUUAGGAAUAAAUUACCAGCAGUUUCUCCGCCACUAUCUGGAAAAUUACCCGAUUGCUCCCGGCAGAAUACAAGAGCUUGAAGAACGCCGCAGGCGAUUCGUGGAAGCCUGCAGAGCAAGGGAAGCAGCGUUUGAUGCGGAAUAUCAGCGAAAUCCUCACAGGGUGGACCUCGAUAUUUUAACCUUUACGAUAGCUCUGACUGCAUCUGAAGUUAUCAACCCUCUGAUAGAAGAACUUGGUUGUGAUAAGUUUAUCAAUAGAGAAUAGUUAUGUGGUGACACUACUUCAAGAGAACCUCUGCAUUCCAGUUAUACCAAUCCUGCAACUUGAUUUUCAGAAGUCAAGAGUAUAUUGUGAUAAGACAGUGCACAGGUGGAGGGGAAAAAAGGGGGGAGGGGGAAGCUUAUCUUGAAAAAGCAUCACAGAAGAAAUAGAAAAAAAUGUCCAAAGCAUUAUAACUGUAACAUUAUUUGAGUUUGUGAUUGAUCUACAUUUUUCCCCCUGCAUUACGGAAAAUGUCUCUCAACAUUGCUUUAUUACAAAGUAAAGGAUGGUUUUAUAAAACUGAGACUUGAUGAAAAAUCACCAAUACUAGAGUCCAUGAGGAUGAAAGAAAUUAUCAGAUAGUGCUGAACAGAAUAAGACGUUAACGCUGAGUUAUUGGGACUAGAAGGCUAUCAAAAGAACUUGAAAUUGUCGGAAUAUGUGCUCUCUUCAUGUAAUAUUCAAUAGAAGUUUCUAGUUUAAGAUUGAUUUUGUGUUUUCUUAGACAUUUCAAGUGACAAGCAAAGUAAAUGUACAUAUUAUGUGAUAAAUCAUGUUUACAAGAACAUCAAAUUUCUGGACUUUUUUCUUUCAAUUUUUAAUUUUUAAAGUUUUUUGGUAUAAAAAAAAUCCAUUCACAAGCCAAAAAAUAUAUAAAAUAUACAGUGAAAAGC